CCCCCACCCCCGGCGGCGCCGCCGACUACUGCGGCUCAGCCAGAAAUAUCGGCGAACCGUUACGUGGUGACGGCGGCGGGGCCGUAUUCGAAUCAGAAUCCUGGUCAGCAGUACUACCAGUAUCCGGGUUACUACCCCCCUCCGCCGCCGGCGAUGCCAUUGCCUUUACCGGCACCGUUCGACCACCACCACCGUGGGGCGGCCCAGGCCCAGGCCCACCAGCAGCAGCAGGUGGUGACGGACAUGGGCCAGGCCCAAGGGAAUUGGGUCGGCGGGAGGUACCCUUGUGGGCCGGCGGCGGCGGCGACGCCGUAUGUGGAGCAUCAGAAGGCGGUGACGAUAAGGAAUGAUGUUAAUCUGAAGAAGGAGAGUCUGAGGAUUGAGCCUGAUGAGGAUAAUCCUGGGAAGUUUCUUGUUGCUUUUACUUUUGAUGCCACUGUUUCUGGGAGCAUGACUAUCAUUUUCUUUGCAAAAGAAGGGGAAGACUGUAACCUGACGCCAAUGAAGGAAAAUCAUAUUGCACCCAUGACGGUUCAUUUCCCGCAAGGUUUGGGACAGAAAUUCAGACAGCCGUCUGGAACCGGGGUCGAAUUAUUGACGUUUGAGGAGACAGAAUUGGUGAAAGUGGGGAAUAUGGACAUCUACCCUCUAGCAGUGAAGGCAGAGGCAAUCCCAGGUGCCCCAAAUGGAUCGGAUGGAAGCCCUGAAUCCGGAGCGAUGAACUCUCAGAUAACUCUGGCGGUUUUCGAGAAGGAGAAGGGAGAAUUUCGGACGAGGGUUGCGAAGCAGAUCUUGUGGGUAAAUGGAAUGAGAUAUGAGCUGCAAGAGAUAUACGGAAUUGGGAAUUCAGUUGAGGGUGAUUUGGAUGGUAAUGACCCUGGAAAAGAAUGUGUCAUUUGUCUGUCCGAACCUCGGGACACAACUGUUCUUCCAUGCCGACACAUGUGCAUGUGCAGCGGGUGCGCCAAGGUUUUGCGAUUUCAGACGAACCGGUGUCCAAUAUGCCGGCAGCCAGUCGAGCGGCUUUUGGAGAUAACGGUCAACAAUGGAUCCGAGGAAUGAAGAAAGACAAGAGUACCGGCAAACAAGCGAGCCCUGUGUAUAUCCCUGUCGUUGUCUUUUAGUUUUCAUCACUUCUCUUACUGCCGUUUUUGCAACUUGUUUUUACACUUGAUGUUUCUUUUCUUUUAAUAAUUUAAAAGGAAUUUAUACACCAUUGGCAUGGAUAACACGCUCUGCUUUUGCACCACAAAAUGUACAAGCAAAUGCAUUCUUCUGUGCUUGCUUGGAAGGGGUCCUAGUUUUACAUUCUUUAUGCUUGGUUCUGUAGAAGCUUUUUGUUAAAAUUUAUAAUAUUUCCAUUAAUAGCUUUAGAUUUAACAACUAUUACUGUAAUUGAUCACUUAAAGCCAAUUAGAAUGAGCAGAGAGAAUGCAGACAAGGCACAAAAU